GAAAGGGUGGAGAAGGAGUUGGAGGAGAAGAGGAAGAGAGAAAUGAUGGAGAAAGAAAGACAAAUUGAGACGGAAACGAAACGGAGGGAGAUGGAAAGAGAGAGGAAAAGGGAGGAUGAGGAGAGGAUGAAAGUGACUGCUGUGAAGCUGCCUGAACAAGCCCCCCAGGGAGAGAGCAGAGUGGGCGGGGCCGAUGGGGGGGGCAGGGCCAAGGAGCCGGGCGAGGAGGUGCGCUUUGACGACUUCUCUGUGAAGCCUCGGCGGUGGGGGAGCCAGGGGAGGGCCUUGUGGUCCAGCAGGGACAGCCCCACCCUGUGGGACGAGCGACAGGAGGAGAAGGAGUCAAAGAGUGUGCCAGAGAGAGAGGAGGCUGCGGGGACUCCUGGUGAUUGGUCCGUGCCGGUAGGCGAGCCAGGCGGCUCUGGCCCCGCCUCCGCCGGCGACGGCAGCAGCACCCGGCGGGAGCCUGACGAGACCCCUCCCCAAACCCCGACCCCGCCCCCAUCUCCACCCGUCCUGGAGCUGCGGACAGAAGCCCCGGAAGAGACGGAGGAGGAGGGUGAGGCAGAGUUGGUUGUGGAGACAGACCCGGAAGCGCUGGCGGAGGGCAGCCUGACUCCCAUCACCCCAAGACCGGAUGACCUCAUAAACUUGUCACCAGACGAGCCUCUGCCAGGAGAGCCCGACACGCCUAGUAACCAGGAGACUGAUGAUGACAUCAUCGACUUCACUCCCAGCACGGACCCUGAGCCCCUCCCCCUUCCUGAGUUCCCCACAUCGCUGCUGGACACCAGCGCUCAGCUUGCGAAGGCGGAGCUUGGACGGAGGCGGAAUCGGAGUCGGCCGUCGAUGCCUCCCAGGCCUGUCAGUCAAGGCGCUCCACUCGGCGAACUGCAGGAGGCCGUGGACGGGCCGGACGACUGCAUGUUCCGUGACUCCACAGAAGUCGCGGCAGAGUCUUCUUAUGGGGUGGAUUUGCAUUCAGAGGUGGAGCCCUCUCCACUGCCCAGCCAAUCGCAGAGAGUCCCCGUCUUCCCCGGAAUGGACCCUUCAGCCCUCAAGGCAGUGCUGCAGAAGCGAGGGGGGGAUUCUGAUGGACAGGCUGACAGACGCGCCCCCUCUCCGUUGGAGCUGUUGCGCCGCGUUCCGGCAUCUUCCCACCCCUCCCCCCCUCAGCUCUCCUGCCCUGCCCCCUCCCCUCCUCCGCGCACCCGCUCCACCAAAUCACCCAUCCCUCCAGGAGCAGCCAGGGUGCUGCCCCCUGCUGCUGGGACAGAGGACAGGGUGGAGUCCACACCUCCCUGGCUUCAGGAGCUGAAGUCCAAGAAGCAAUUCGCUCAGUCUGGUGGAGACCCAUAGACACCACAAAGAAAGGGUUUACACGAGGAGGAAAUGGCGGAAGCUUUGACCUUUAACCUGGAAAUGAACAGAAACUUGCUAUCAAGUUUUUUCUCUUGAGUUUUUUUUUCGUGACUUUUGCUUGUGAAACUCGUGGCAGCAGUAGGGUUUGAUAUAUGCACAAAGUGCCUUUCCGGAAAGAGUGGAGAAAAGGGCCUUUUCUGUCGAACGAGUCUUUGCAUACAGUCACUUUACUCUCUAUCUGCACAGAAGGAGGGGGACCAAUUCUGUCCCUGCACUUGUUGCACAAGGGAAAGGUUAGCCUGCAGGACCAAGCACUUCUUAACCUGAUGCACAACAAAUUCAGGACAGGAUGAUGUUUUUAAAAGAUUUUUAUUACUUAUCAGUUUUUUAUAUAAUGAAUGCAGUCUGUCUCUGUCUUCCUGUUCACAGUUUUAAAAAAUCUGUUUCUCUCUUUUAUUUGUGUUUUGUUUUGUUACAUUUUUGUUGUUGUUGUUGAACUGGCUGUUAGACCGGCACAAAGUUUACAGGAUCAACCCUCUUAAGGGACAGUUUAAUCAAAGCACCCGGAGCCUUAGACUGUAUCCCACACUGCCCGUCUCCGGUCCCUCUGUUUAGCGCCUGUUGUGCUGGGUCCAUUGGAAUCAAAGUGUGUUUUUUAAUUCAUCUAAAAUUCUGAGAAUUUGAUUCUGAUUGGCCCAGAUGCCCUCCGAUGACACCGGUAAAAUAUUAACUUUCGUUGGUCGCGAAUGGCGAUUCACUGCGAUGCCGAACAACAAUUUUUUUAAACCUGGUUCAUAAUAUUUCCUCCUGUAGACCAAUGUAAUGUAAUGUUUGGUUUGAUCUGUAUGUGAAGAUUUCAGGCUAUCUUAGGCCCGUGUGUGCACAUGUGUUUGUGUGUGUAUGUGUGUGUGUGUGUGUGUGUGUGUGUGUGUGAAUGGUGUCUUCUGUAAAAUUAUCCUUUUGUCAGGGCUUUUUAAAAAAGAUUGUUUCUUUCUUAAUUUCAACGCAAAGGCUGUAGGCUUGUGUGAGGCCAUUGUCAAAGUGGAAAUUGAUAAAUAAAAUAAAGUUUGCUAUGAAAUGGA